ACUACAAAAAAAUACAUCAAACACCCUUUUGCUACAACUGUUGGAGAAGAAAUUUUCCAAUCAGGAAUCAUGCCAUCGGAUACGGAUUUUCGACAGUUCGUAACAUAUGGCAAUAUUCCAGGUUUGGAUAUGGCUCAGUGCUUUAAUGGCUAUGUGUAUCACACCGUAUACGACACAAUCGAUGUAAUUCCACUUGAAUCCUUCCAGAAUACUGGUGAUAAUAUUCUCAGUCUAGUUCGCGGAUUAGCUAAUGCAACCGAAUUAUAUGAUAUUUCGGAUCAGAAAACUGGACAUGCUGUCUUCUUUGAUUUCCUGGGUCUUAACUUCGUCCACUAUUCUGAAGCUACGGGCGUCUAUUUGAACUUUGGAAUUGCAGGAGCUGCUCUCGCAUUAGUUUUCCUCUCUAUAUGGAGAAUGUCAGAUGUUUCACAAGUCUCUAUUUGCCACGUGAUAUUGUGGUUUAUUCUUGUGAUUGUUAUUCAAAUUGUUGCCUUCGCACUCGGAUUAGCUCUUCCAAUCGUUACCGCAUACGUGAUGGACUCCCUUGAGUUGUCUCUGACUUACUACAGUACGCCAUUAUUGGUAAUCGGAUUGUAUGUCUGCCCCUCACUUAUUGGACUUAGUUUACCCACAACUAUUUAUUAUACUCUUCAACGUAACGACAAACUCUCCACACCUUACCAUCUUCAGCUUGCUUUACAUGGUCAAGCUGUAAUCCUCGCUCUUCUAACCAUAUCUCUUACAGCCUUGGGAAUUCGUUCUUCAUAUAUUUUAAUGAUACCACUUGUUUUCUAUGCGGCAUCAUUGACACUCAAUCUGUUGACUCCAAUGCACGACAAAGGCUAUGCUUGGACAGCUUUUCUAAAAGUUAGCCAAAUUAUUCCUUUUCUUUAUAUCAGCUAUAUAUCGUAUCUAUUCGUUGUCGUUAUGACACCAAUGGGCGCCAGAGCAGGGAGUGACUCUAACAGAGAUUUAUACAUCGCCGGAAUGUCGGCUGUAGGAACAGUUCUCUCAUUUGGAUUCUUGGUCCCACUGAUCAACACUUUCCGUCGACCAAGUUUAGUAGUAUAUGCUCUAAUAGCAACUACAGCUCUUUCUGUGUUCUUAGCCAGUAGUACACAAUUGGGAUUCCCAUAUCGUCCACGGACAAGUGGCCAACGAGUUGCAUACUUGCACGUGCGCAAUAAGUUCUAUGAGUAUGAUGGAUCUCUUAGUAAGGAUGAGUCUGGUUACCUCUUUAUGUAUCAGGAUCGGCGCAAGGAAACAGUCCUUGAGGGCACAAAUGUAAACUUAACUGGUUUAGUCAGUUUACAGUCUAGAUGUGAAAAGUACAUGAUGUGUGGAAUGCCGUUGGACGAACGCUAUUCUCAACAGAGAUUGCAAAGCAAAUGGAUGCCACGUUCUAAUCCAAUUAUAGCUCCAAGAUCGACUAAACUGGAAUUACUUAGUAAAACAAUUAUUAAUUCAACGACAUGUCGUUUUGAGUAUAAUUUGACAGGUCCUCCUCAAAUGGGUCUGUUCUUUAAAGCUUAUGAUGAUGUCACAAUAACAAAUUGGUCAUUUUUAGAAAGUUACUUGAAUAACCCUCCAGUAUACCCAUUAUCGUAUCAUAUAUUCAUUAACUAUGGAAUUGACAGUUCGCCAAUCAACUUCUUUGUGGAAACUUCAAAAAAUAAUGGAGACUUCGACGUACCUCUAUUUCAACUUGGAGUGUCAGGACAUUAUAUUGGCGACAACGUUGAUGAGGAAUCUGCAGACUUUCGAUCGAAGUUCCCCGCCUUUGCUAUUCAAGCCGACUGGCCAGCAUCAUAAGAAAGAUACAUAUUUUAAGGAAGCUAAUAAAAGCAAUGACACACACUCCAACUAAAAUAAAUAAACUU